AUGGUUGCAAUGGCCACAAACGGCGUACACGGUGAGUCCGAGGGCUCUCUUGAACUCUGGAGACAUCCUCGUCCGGAGACGACAGAAUUUUACGCUUUUCAGCAGCACGUCGCAAACAAGUUCGGGGUGUCUACAGCCUCUUACCAUGACAUCUGGCAAUGGAGUGUCGACCACCCCAGUGCUUUCUGGGAGGAGGUCUGGCAUUAUACAGGUAUAAAGGCAAACAAGCAGUACGAAUUCGUUCUGGACGAGUCUGCUCCAAUGUUCCCCAAGCCUGCCUUCUUCUCUGGGUGCGAACUGAACUUCGCUGAAAACCUCUUGUUCCCCCAAUCAGAUCCCCCCGAGGAUGCACUCGCUAUUAUUGCCGCGACUGAGAACACACGUGAGCAGGUGACAUGGUCCGAGCUGCGAGAGCGGGUUCGAAAAUGCGCUGCGGCAAUGGAAAGACACGGGCUCAAGAAAGGAGACAGAGUCGCGGGUUAUCUGGCCAAUCACUCGAAUUCAGUGGUUGCUAUGCUAGCGGCGACCUCGCUGGGUGCCAUAUGGUCGGGUGUCAGUCCUGACACGGGCGUGCACGCCGUCCUCGACAGACUCCGUCAAAUUGAACCGGUGAUCCUGUUUGCCGACAAUGCUGUUACAUACAAUGGGAAGAUCCAUGAGACCCAUGCCAAAGUGUCGCAAGUUAUUUCCGAGUUGCCAUCUGUCAAGAACAUUAUCAUUUUCGAAAACGUGCCUGGGCACCAAUUUGACAUCUCUUCGAUAAAUGGGAAUCCAGACAAAAUCGUGGAGAUAUAUUCUUCCUUCCUGGCCAAGGGUGACGUAUCGAGACCGCUCCGGUUUACGUACCUUUCGCCAGAUCAUCCUGUCUAUAUCCUGUACUCUUCCGGCACUACUGGCGUACCCAAGCCUAUUGUACAUGCUUCGCUUGGGACUCUCCUGCAACACAAGAAAGAACACCAGAUCCACUCCGAUGUCAAGCCUCUGGAGAGGGUGUUCUACUUUUCUACUGUGACCUGGAUGAUGUGGCACUGGCUUGUGUCGGGCUUGGCCUCUGGAGCAACUAUUGUGCUGUACGACGGCUCUCCAUUUCACCCGCACAAGGAGAUGAGCAUGCCACUUUUAAUCGAUGAGCUUAAGAUCAACCACUUCGGCACCUCCGCCAAAUACCUGUCCGUCUUGGAACAGGCCCAGACACUACCCAGAGAGGCAGCCCCCCAGAGAGCCACACUCAACUCGCUGAAGUCUAUCUUCUCAACGGGCUCCCCCCUGGCCCCUAGUACUUUCGAAUAUGUCUACAAGAACCUGUCCCCUCCAGCCCCACACCCAGGAAUACUUCUUGGAUCUAUAACAGGAGGAACAGACAUUAUCUCCCUCUUCGGGGCUCCUUGUCCAAUAUUACCUGUUCACUCUGGCGAAAUCCAAUGUCGUGGCCUCGGUAUGGCAAUCAAGGCCUUCUCCGCAGACGGCCAAGACAUAACGUCUACGGGUCAACCAGGAGAGCUUGUCUGUACCGUUCCAUUCCCUUGCCAACCGUGCAUGUUCUGGCCGCCCGGCCCAAGCGGCGAAAAGCGAUACAAAUCGUCGUAUUUUGAAGUCUUCGCUGAUCCCAAAACAGGCCAUCCAAUCUGGCACCACGGCGACUUCGUACGCUUUAGCCCUUUGACAGGUGGCAUAUGGAUGCUGGGCAGAUCCGAUGGCGUGCUCAAUCCCAUGGGUGUCCGUUUCGGUUCUAGCGAGAUCUACAACAUCCUCCUCAAACAUUUUAGCACUGAGGUCGAGGAUGGGCUCUGCAUCGGGCGCAAGCGGGAACAAGACCCCGAUGAAAUUGUGGUCUUGUUUCUCAAGAUGGCGCCAGGCCAGUCCUUUUCCCAAGAGUUGGUGCACAAGAUCCAGGCUGUAGUAAGAAAGGAGCUGAGCGCGCGUCAUGUGCCGAAGAUUGUGGAUGAGUGUCCCGAGAUCCCCGUCACGACAAAUGGCAAGAAAGUUGAAGGCGCCGUCAAGCAGAUUCUAUGUGGUCUCCAUAUCAAGACGAGUGCAAGCGUGGCCAACAGUGACUGUUUGGAUUGGUACCGUGCGUGGGCGAAAACACAUUAG